AUGGCGCAACAAGGUCUGUGCGACAGACAGCUCGAACUCGAAGAGGGUCCCAUCCCAUCCCGCUAUGGGUUUUCGUUUUGUCCACGAUACGCAAAUACCACGGAUGGUGGACGUCAACUGCCGACCGAGCAGCCAAAGGUCGCCCACAAGAAAAGGUCGCGAGCAGCAUUCUCACACGCCCAGGUGUAUGAGCUGGAACGGCGGUUCAGCCUUCAGCGGUACCUGUCCGGCCCAGAGAGGGCGGAUUUGGCACAGGCACUGAAGCUCACAGAAACUCAGGUGAAGAUCUGGUUCCAAAAUCGCCGAUACAAGACGAAACGACGCCAAAGUCAAGAAGACCGCGAUGUCGUCAACACCGUUGCGUGCAGGAAGGCAUCCGUGAAAGUCCUGGUACGAGACGACCAGGUCGUCUACACACCCCAGGAGAUAUUGCGUCCAACGGUACUCUUACCAUCAGUACCCUUACCGGGCCUGGACCCUCUCUACUCCUAUCAGCAUCACUUAAGAGCGUGUUCCUUCAUCGGCUGCACGACGUAA